AUAAGCGACGUUGAGUUUUUUUUGCGGGAGAACAAAAAAGCGAAAAAAUACUCAGGCUUUCCUACGUCCUCCUGGUCACUCGGGUAUGUGUAUCUGUCUGAACACGCCCUAGUUGACAUCUGGGCGGACGAAGAUACCAAGCAGCUACUGGAGCGUAUUCUGCCUCUCGACAAUCCUUCCAAGACUGCAGUGUUUGAGUGUGUACAGGGAACAAAAGGGGUUUUGAUUCAGGCUCUCUUUUGUGACAUUGGAGGCGAUCGCAUGGUUCUUGGAUAUCGAGACAAAGUAUCCCUGCAGUCACAGGACAAAGAUCUAACUCGGUUCAAACUCAAAGGUACGAUUUCUACCAACGGUCUAGUUCUGAAUCUACUUGCCUAUGACACAACCCAGGCGAAGAGACAGCAGCAGUCUGACGUAGAUGAAGAAGACCCCAGCCAAGAACUGGAGCUUUCUCAGGGAUUUCUCAACACGACGUGUUCAAAGGCAGUCGGUGAAGACCUGAUAGAUGAAGACUAUGCAAACAUAAACUGGAAGAGGAGCUCCAAACUGCUUGAAAACGUUGAGCUCACAUUCAACAAACCAGGGCGGUGCCCAUCCGCAAACACCACAACUAUCGUCGGAUGCGAUCCUGGUAUUGUUAGCGCCCUUACGUUUUCCUCCCUGGAUCCUCACAACCCUAACUUGCGGCAAACCGUAAAGGUGGGAAGCAGGUUCUUGUACCUCCCUGUCCUCCGCUUCAAUCACCUGUUGAACAAAAGGAAGCGUGAAAAAGGAAUGAUUGAGGUUGAGAGCACCAUCCCUGUGUUUGGAAGGGAUACGUACAAUGAGUACUUUCAAUGGAUGAACGAGGAGUCCCAGACACAGAUAGGAUCAAAGAAUUUGGAUGUGCUUCAAGAGUUCUACGAGUCCAGAUGGCACCUGAAAAAAAAAUGGGACCUACGAAAGGUUCAACGAGCUAUGUUCGACUACGCAGUACAGCGAGAGUUCAGCAAGCACAGUGCUAUAACGAGACACCUUGUCACACAGGUCAAAGCACGAGGACACUUCGCUGUAGGGGCGCACGAAUUUUACACCAGCGCCCGCUGUCCCCGACGCCUAUGCGAUAGCUUUUUAGAGACGGUGUACCCUCGCUCUAAAUAUUGCCGGACAUGUAAGGUAUUCUUCGACCGUGACGCAGUAGGGGCGGAAAACAUCGCAAGAAUCGGUCUUGCUCAAAUUGAGAGGCAAGAGAGCCCUGCAAAGUACAAGCCCACGGAAGAGUCACCUGCUCCGGCUGCAAAGCGCGCACGACGCUAGACACAAGUAUUUAGGUGCCGGCACAC